GGCAGCAUCACAACGGGCAGAGGCAGCGGCGGGAGCCGGCGGCUGCUGCGGAGGAUGCGAACUUUGCGCUGGCUGCUGCUGCCGCUGGUUACUGGAAUCCACCCAGAAUGCAAAAUAUUCCAGCAGGUGGUCAAAGAGGAGGCUCUGUGCUCGGAACACAACGAAUCUGCCUCACCUGAUGUUAAAGGAUGUGCCAGAGAUUGGGAUGGUUUAACCUGCUGGCCCAGAGCCACUUUUGGGGAAGUGGUUAAAAUUCCCUGCCCACGAUUUUUUGAAGAGUUCACCAGUACACAUGGUUUCCUUCAGAGGAACUGCACACAGGAGGAAUAUUGGUCAGAGCCAUUCCCACCAUACACCAUUGCCUGUGGCUUUGAUGAAGGUUCCAGUAAAGGACCUGAGGAUCAGAAAUCCUAUUAUUCUGCAUUUUGGCGUGUCUACACCGCUGGCUAUGCAGCAUCCGUGACGUCGCUCAUUACAGCUCUAAUUGUCUUUGCUGCCUUCAGAAAAUUCCACUGCACACGGAAUUACAUCCACAUGCACCUGUUUGUCUCCUUUAUCUUGAGAGCCGUUGCUGUUUUCACCAAAGAUGCUGUUUUGUUUGCAGAUGAAACCAUGGACCACUGCCUCAUGUCCACGGUUGCUUGUAAGGCUGCUGUGGCCUUCUUCCAGUUCAGUAUUUUAGCCAAUUUCUUCUGGCUCCUCAUCGAAGGGAUCUACCUGCAAACCCUGCUGCUGCUCACCUUUGUUUCCAACAAGAAGUUUGUGUGGUGGUUCAUAUUUACUGGCUGGGGAGCUCCCACUGCUGUCAUGUUUGCUUGGGUCCUCACACGAAUCCAUCAACAGAACACCGGAUGUUGGGAUGAUGAUGAAAAUGGAGUGGUGUUAUGGAUCAUCAAAGGCCCCAUCCUGCUGACUGUGUUGAUUAACUUUAUUAUAUUCAUUAAUGUGAUCAGGAUUCUAGUCCAUAAACUGAAAUCCCAGGAGGGAGGAGGGAGCCAUUCAAGCCACUUUGUGAGACUUGCAAAGUCCACGUUGCUGUUGAUCCCCCUCUUUGGGGUGCACUACAUUGUGUUUGCAUUUUUCCCUGAGAGCACUGGGCUGGAGGCUCGGCUUUACAUCGAGCUGGGCCUGGGCUCAUUUCAGGGUUUUGUUGUUGCUCUCCUGUAUUGCUUCUCAAAUGCAGAGGUUCAAACUGAGCUGAAGAAGCAGCUGUGCAAGUGGCAGCACCAGGAGUACCUGACCUUCAGCCACAGGCACGGGGCUCUGUCCAGGGAAACCAGCCCAGUGAACUACGUCACCCAGCUCUCCCUGCUGGACAAGAUCAGCCCCAAAAGGAGAACCUCUGUGCUCCAGGAUGGUGUCACCACUGUCUGAGGGGCUCCAGCAGCUCCAGUGGCUGGGACUCUGCAAUGUUCCACCCAUGGGGUGGCCAACUGGGUCCUUUGUGGUCCUUCGUCAGGAGCUCUCACCCCUAAUAAUGAAGGGAUGGGGCUAUUUUUGGGCUAUGAAUGGUUUAUUGCUCAGAUAAACAACAGUCUCAGACGUUGUGGGAUUUUAGAGGAGCAGCUGUCGGCCAUAGCACAGAGUAGUCAUACUUUCUUUGUUACAAGACAAUAUAGAACUUUCUAAUCCAAUAGACAGUUGUUACAAGGUUUAUUUUGCUUUUCUGUCUAUCACCUAUACUUAAUUUUGCUGCAUUGCAGAUACUGUUAUCCAGUGGCUUCUGUCACACUUACACACAUCAGCUUCUAUUAUAACUUCUAAACUCUUAGUUUAUCCUAUACAACCACAGCCCUACAUUAUAAACCCUUCACCAUCUUAUCAAUACAGUUUUUUACUUAAGGCAUAUUCUUACUUUCAACUAUAGAAACGUAAUUUUUAUGAUUUUUCUAAUAAUGUUUAUGAUUUUUCUGCUUAAUGUCUGUGUACUUUAUUUUUACAUAAACACAGCCAUCCAUUCACUGUCUAAGUCCCAGUAUCAAUUCAGUGUUUUUAAAAAAAACAGUAUUCCAGUCCCUCAGUUUGCCCUGCUCUUGGUUAAUUAUUUAGGCCAGCAAACAUUUGACUCCUGGAAAUCUCUUUGCUGAUUUUAGGUGCUUCAUCUCUAGUUCUAUUAGAGCAAAGAUUAAUUGUCCAGGCUUCUAUAAAUAUUAUUUUAAUAAGUUAUUUAUUAAUUAGGCAUUUAACCCAUCUGUCACAAUGCCAUAUGUUUGUUGUAAUGAGUAAUUUUGUGUAUUCUGACCUUCUUAUCAACUUUACUUGUAACCUCUGUUCCUGUGUUUUGUUGCUGAGCAUAGUAAUGAAAAUUUGUAUCCAAAAUGUAUGAUGUACAUCUAUAAAAUCCAAGUGGCAAUUACAGCUGUUGUUACUUGUACAUUUACUUCAUGUCAGUUUGGAUAUUUCAUUUGAGUUUGUACAUUUAAUUUGUGUCAGUUUGAACGUUUCAUUCGAGGCUUUAUAAAAUAAAAGGUUAAUAAUCCCGGGGGGUGCU